AUGUCUGGCUCGAGCUCUACCCCGCUGAGCCAGGCCUAUGGCUAUGGCAUUGUCCUCGGCCUCGGGUUUGCCUUUGCCAUUCUCAUGAUCUCACUCACUCACAUCCUCAAACGGUUCAACAAUGAGGUCCAAACGUCUGAAAUGUUCAACACGGCUGGCCGUACCGUCAAAUCCGGCCUGGUUGCCUCGGCGGUCGUCUCCUCCUGGACCUGGGCAGCGACUCUCCUCCAGAGCUCCGGCGUGUGCUACCGAUAUGGCGUCUCCGGCCCCUUCUGGUACGCUUCUGGCGCCACUGUCCAGAUCCUGCUGUUUGCUACAAUAGCCAUUACUCUCAAGAAGCGAGCGCCGAACGCGCAUACGUUCCUGGAAGUCAUCAAGGCCAGGUACGGCAAGGCUGCGCACUUUACCUUUAUCGUGUUUGGCCUCAUGACCAAUAUGCUGGUCUCUCUCAUGCUCAUCACGGGAGGGGCAGCCACUGUGAAUGCGUUGACGGGGAUGCAUGCCGUGGCGGCCAUCUUCCUCAUCCCCAUUCCCGUGGUGGCUUACACGGUUUCUGGCGGCCUCAAGGCCACCUUCAUCACGGACUAUAUCCACACGUUUGCCGUUCUCAUCAUCAUCAUGAUUUUCGCGCUCAAAACCUACGCCACCUCGGAUGUUCUUGGCAGUCCAUCGGCCGUGUACGAUCUGCUUGUCAAAGCCGCCCAGGCCCAUCCCGUCUCCGGCAACCGCGACGGCAGCUACCUCACGAUGAAGUCCCAGGGCGGCGCCAUCUUCUUCGUCAUCAACAUCGUUGGAAACUUCGGAACCGUGUUCUUAGACAAUGGUUAUUACAAUAAAUCCAUAGCAGCCUCUCCUAUCCAUGCUUUGCCGGGAUACAUCAUGGGAGGUGCGGCGUGGUUCGCAAUUCCGUGGUUGACGGCGACGACACUCGGCCUGGCGGCGCUCGCACUCGAAUCCAGCCCCCGGUUUCCGACGUACCCCAACCGCCUGACAGACUCCGAGGUCUCGGCUGGACUGGCUCUACCCUAUGCUGCGGUAGCCCUCAUGGGCAAGGGCGGUGCCAUUGCGACUCUCAUUAUGCUCUUCUUGGCCGUCACCUCGGCCUUUAGUGCUGAGCUGGUGGCAACGUCCACAAUCUUCACAUACGACAUUUACCGGACUUACUUCCGCCCUAGUGCCAGCAGCAGGAGCCUUGUCUGGAUGUCUCACAUGAGUAUGGUGGCUUAUAUGCUCAUCGUCUGCUGCAUAUCUACGGGCUUGUGGUACAACGGCAUCUCCAUGGGCUACCUGUAUCUGCUCAUGGGCGUGCUCAUCUCGGCUGCGGUAAUUCCCGCUACCUUGACGCUUCUGUGGAACGGCCAAAACCGAUGGGCCGCAGUGAUCUCUCCCAUCCUGGGCACAAUCUGUGCCAUUAUCGCCUGGCUGGUGACUGCGAAGAAGACGUGCGGCAAGCUGGACGUCGACUGCACAGGCUCCAACGAUCCUAUGCUCGCUGGCAACGUGACCGCGUUGCUCGCCCCCGUUGUCUUCGUGCCGCUGCUGAGCCUCGUCUUUGGCCUGGACAAGUACGACUGGCAGUCCAUGAUGGAAAUUCGAAAGGUGGACGACCACGACAUGAUCCAGGCGUCAGGGCUUGACAGCGAAGCACAACGCGAGUUGGAACGGAACCAGGAGCGGACGGAAUCCGAGGAAGAGCGCCGGAAGCUCAACAAGGCAUUCAAGAUUGCCUGCUUUGUGACAGUUUUCAUGGCCCUCGCGUUCCUCGUUCUUUGGCCGAUGCCCAUGUACGGCUCUGGCUACAUCUUCUCCAAGCCUUUCUUCACCGGCUGGGUGACGGUGGGCAUCAUCUGGAUCUUUUGCUCCUUCAUCUGCGUCGGGCUGUACCCCAUCUGGGAGAGCAGAGCGACCUUGACCAGAGUGCUCAGGGGUAUCGCGACGGGCAAGGCAGCGCCAGUGGUCACCAUGGCUGUGGACAAUGACGAUAGCGGAACGAUGACGCCUGAGAAGGAAGGGAUGAAGGAAGGGUCUAUUUAG